AUGUCUUCCAGUAAUAUAUUUGAGCGCAAGCUCCAUUUGAAAUCUACCCACAGAUAUAGCGAUAAAUGCGUAACAUCAUCUUCACCAUCCAUGGGCAAUGGAUCAUAUGUUAAUGGAUGCUUUUCGUCAGGAUUAAUCAAUUUAGCUGAAACCCAUUGUUCGAGUUCAUCUUCUGCUGGAAACAAUAAAGAAGACUCACAUACUUAUAUGGGAGUUGAAAAAAAUCAGGGUUUUGGCGACGUUUUAGAUGAUAUCAAUACUCAAUCAUCCACUGAUGUUCUACACAAAGAAAGAAAAAAACCUAUUAUGCUGCAAGAUAUAACAAACGUAUCUUCCAAUCUAACAGACAGAUUUCAAAGGAAUAUGCUCACAGAUUUCACACCACAAGAAAAAUAUUACAAGGACAUUCAUCUGAUGAUUGAUGCUAGCGAUAGAGAUGAUUGUGAAGAUUAUUUUCCAAACAGUGACAAUGUUGCAGGUUCACAACCAGUGUACUCACAACUAUACAUAUUUGAUACUGACAAUGAGAUCUCAAACAGAGUUGCUGCUGUCAGAUGGGCAGGCUAUCCAGAUAUAUUUAUAACAUUCACUUGCAAUCCAGCAUGGCCAGAAAUCACAAGGCUUUGUCAACAAGAUAAAGUAAAUCCUUCAGAUCGUCCGGAUAUAUUGACUAGAGUUUUCAAAAUGAAGUUACGGUCAUUGAUGAAAACAUUAAGGGAAAAGAAGAUUUUUGGAACAAUACGUGCAGAGGUAUAUACUAUUGAAUUCCAGAAACGAGGGUUGCCACAUGCACAUAUAUUAUUAUUUCUUGAUCCAAAUGAUAAGAUCAAUGAUCCGGAUGCCAUUGACAAAGUUAUUUCAGCAGAGAUUCCAGAUAAGCAUUAUUCACCUCUUUUAUAUGAUUUGGUUAAGAAAUACAUGAUUCAUGGUCCAUGUGGAGCUGUUAACCCAAAAUCACCAUGCAUGAAAGACAAGAAAUGUGGUAUAUCUCUGCAUGUGAAGCAUCAUGGCGCAUGUUUGGAUUUGAUGUCCAUCAUUUUUCCUCCUGUUGAAAGAUUGAGUUUUCAUCUACCAAAUCAACAAUAUGUGAUUUAUUCUAAUACUGAUGAUGUUGCGGAGUUAUUAGAAAAACCAAGAAUUUGUGAAUCACAAUUCUUGGCUUGGAUGAAAAUCAAUAAAGAUGGCGGGUUGGCUUCAACUCUUACAUAUGCUGAAUUUCCUAAUUAUUACAUCUACCAAAAAGAUAAACGUCAAUGGAAACAGCGAGAAAGAGGUUUUGCUGUUGGUAGGAUCACACAUGUGUCACCAUCAUCUGGAGAAUUAUAUUAUCUUAGAUUGUUACUAACUACUGUAAGGGGUCCCACCUCAUUUGAUGAUAUCAAAACUGUUGAUGGUAUGGUUCAUGAUACUUUCAAAUCUGCAUGUUUUGUUCUGGGACUCUUACAAGAUGAUAAUGAAUACAUUACUGCAAUCAAGGAAGCAGCCAUAUGGGCAUCUGGAAUUCAAUUAAGGAGGCUCUUUGUAAGCAUGUUAUUAUGUUGUUCUUUACAACAACCUGACAUUGUAUGGAAGGAAACGUCAAAGCUACUCUCAGAAGAUCUAUUUUACAUAUCUUAUAAUGAUCCAGUCUCAUCAGAUAUCCAUAUCUCUCUAUCUCAAAAAGAGAAUGCUGCUUUGAAAGAGAUUGAUAAUCUACUUCAUGCAAAUGGGAAAAGUCUACAUGAAUUUCCUUCAUUACCGUUACCAAUAGAAACUGCAACAAUUGAUCUACACAAUCAUCUCAUACUGCAAGAAUUGAGUUAUGAUAGACAAGCCUUAUCAGAGGAAGCUAAUACACUUUCCCAGAGUUUGAAUGAUGAGCAACUACUCAUAUAUAAUAUCAUAUUGUCCGCAGUUAAUCUAUCUGACGGUGGGUUUUUCUUUGUGUAUGGGUAUGGUGGAACAGGCAAAACAUUUCUUUGGAAUGCAUUGAUAACAACAUUACGUGCAAAAGGUGAAAUUGUACUUCCAGUUGCAUCAAGUGGAAUAGCUGCAACAUUAUUACCAUAUGGCAGAACAGCACAUUCAAGGUUUGCAAUCCCCAUUCAAAUCACAGAGUCUUCUGUAUGUGGGAUAAAGCAAAACUCAGCACUAGCAAAUCUGAUUAAGUCCACAAAGUUAAUCAUUUGGGAUGAAGCACCGAUGGUUCAGAGGUAUUGUAUUGAAGCAUUUGAUAGAACGUUGAAGGAUAUUAUGCAUUCUAAUGCACCAUUUGGUGGUAAAUGCAUUGUCAUAGGUGGUGAUUUUCGUCAAAUUCUUCCAGUCAUACCAAAAGGUACAAGAGCUACAAUUGUUAAUGCUUCAAUUAAUUCCUCAUACUUAUGGAAUCAUUGUAGAAUUUUGAAGUUAACAAAGAACAUGCGACUAACUUCAACUGCUAUUCCCAGUCAUAAAGAAAAGUUAGAAUGGUUUUCAAAUUGGUUGCUACAUAUCGGUGAUGGAAAAUUAGGUGAAUCAACUGAUGGUGUUGCAGAAGUUGAAAUCCCUAAAGAGUUGUUGCUCACAAAUUAUAACAACCCACUUCAUGCGAUUGGGGAUAGUAUAUACACAAAUCUCCUUCAUAAUUUAGCUUCUGGUGAAUACUUCAAUGAUAGAGCAAUCUUGGCCCCAACAAUUGAAAUGGUUGAUCGAAUAAAUCACUACGUCUGUUCUUUGUUACCAGGAGAAUCAUUUGAGUUCCUCAGCUGUGAUUAUGUGUGCAAAUCUGGUCAAGAAAGUGAUACAAUGGACAGCCUCUAUACCACAGAAUUCUUAAAUAGUAUUACAUGCUCUGGAAUGCCACCACACAAGUUACACUUGAAAGUAGGAGCACCAAUUAUGCUAUUGCGAAACAUAGAUCAAGCUUCAGGUCUGUGUAAUGGGACACGACUUCUAAUAUCUCAUCUGGGACAAAGCGUGAUUGAAGCCAUAACACUGAAUGGGUCAAAACCCAACCAAAAAGUUCUAAUUCAUCGAAUGGAUAUGAAUCCUUCUGAAAGUCGUUGGCCGUUUAAAAUGCAAAGGAGGCAAUUCCCGAUAAUGUUAUCAUUUGCAAUGACAAUCAACAAAAGUCAAGGCCAAUCAUUAAGGCAUGUUGGUUUAUAUUUGCCUAAGCCUGUUUUCAGUCAUGGACAGUUAUAUGUUGCGUUAUCCAGAGUAAAGAGCAUGGAUGGUUUAAGGAUUGUUGUUGAUGAUAAAGAUGGUUGUUUGAAGAGAACUACAACAAAUGUUGUGUACAAAGAAAUAUUUACAAAUGUAAAUAGUACAAAUAUUUAG